AUGUCUCUUUUCCCCCGAGCUUUGCACGAAAGCGAGCCAUCGUCCUUUUCACCUUUAUUCCGCCUCCUUGACGAAUUUGACAACUACAGUCGUCAGGGUGGUAGUUCUUCCCUUGGUCGUGAUGGAAACGCUGGCUCCCUCUUUUGGCAGCCAAAGUUUGACAUUCGCGAGAGCAGCGACCAAUACGAGCUGCACGGUGAAUUUCCAGGCGUGAAAAAGGAAGACAUCUGCAUCGAAUUCCCGGAACCACAGACGCUAGUCAUUCGCGGAAAAUCCGAGCGGACUUAUUCCGGACCAGCGCCAUCGUCCUCGGCUGCCAGGAUCGAAGAUGUUUCGGACAAGCCAACCAUCACCGAAGCAGGCGAGGGCCAUGCCGCCCAUGAUACGACAGAGGCGUCAACCAAAGCCAGCGACAAAACGGAGAAGCCGAAAUACUGGCUCAGAGAACGCAAAGUUGGCGAAUUUUCUCGCUCAUUCAGUUUCCCGUCUCCUGUAGAUCAGGAUGGCAUCUCCGCCGGAUUCAAGGAUGGUAUACUCUCGGUUUCGGUCCCCAAGGCUAAAAAGCCCCAGCCUCGACGCAUUGCUAUCAACUAA